AUGCGCCGCGCGGCCCGUGCGACUCGCCGGACCUCCCGGGCGUCCCUGCACGGACCGCUCGGUCUGUCCUAGCAGCGAUCGCCCCCAUCCCCAGUUCCCCUGCGGGCCGCUGCGCCCCAGUCGCCGAGGAGCUGCGCUCACCGCAGGGGCGGGCCCCCGCCUGGGUUCGCGGCGCCAAAAAGAGUAUUCAUUUCUACUUAUAAUUAAGUAAAGAUCUGCUUUUGCUAAAGCUGGGCUAUGCUGAGAGAAUACUGCCUUGAAUUUUGCAUGCAAGUCUAGAUUUCUCCAAGGCAGAAGACUGAUCUUUGAAAAUAUGUAUUUGGGAGAUAGUCACGUUCUAUUGAAUACCUUGUGCUGGUGCUGCCAUCGAAAAAUCUGGUUACACUCCGGGGAGGCCUGCCGCCUCUGCAGGACUACACCACCUCGGCCCUGAGAUGAGUGUCCGGCCUGAGCGGGCACACCAUGAAUAGAUACACUACGAUCAAGCAACUCGGGGAUGGAACCUAUGGUUCCGUCCUACUGGGACGAAGCAUUGAGUCUGGGGAACUGAUUGCCAUUAAAAAAAUGAAAAGAAAGUUUUAUUCCUGGGAGGAAUGCAUGAACCUUCGGGAGGUUAAGUCGUUAAAGAAGCUCAACCAUGCCAAUGUGGUAAAAUUAAAAGAAGUUAUCAGGGAAAAUGAUCAUCUUUAUUUUAUCUUCGAGUACAUGAAGGAAAAUCUUUACCAGCUCAUUAAAGAAAGAAAUAAGUUGUUUCCUGAAUCUGCUAUAAGGAAUAUAAUGUACCAGAUAUUACAAGGACUUGCAUUUAUUCACAAACACGGCUUCUUCCAUCGGGACUUAAAGCCUGAGAACCUCCUCUGCAUGGGCCCAGAACUUGUGAAAAUUGCAGACUUCGGGUUGGCCCGAGAAAUCCGAUCAAGACCCCCAUACACAGACUAUGUAUCUACCAGAUGGUACCGGGCUCCAGAAGUGCUCCUGAGGUCUACCAACUACAGCUCCCCCAUUGACAUCUGGGCGGUGGGCUGCAUCAUGGCCGAAGUGUACACCCUCAGGCCACUCUUCCCCGGGGCCAGUGAAAUUGACACCAUCUUCAAAAUUUGCCAGCUGCUGGGGACACCCAAAAAGACCGACUGGCCUGAAGGCUACCAACUCUCUAGUGCAAUGAACUUCCGCUGGCCCCAGUGUGUACCCAAUAACUUAAAGACCCUGAUUCCAAAUGCGAGCAGCGAAGCCAUUCAGCUCCUGAGAGACAUGCUCCAGUGGGAUCCCAAGAAACGGCCAACAGCUAGUCAGGCUCUUCGAUAUCCUUACUUCCAGAUUGGGCAUCCACUGGGCAGCACCACACAGAGCCUUCAAGAUUCAGGACAAGCACAGAAGGAUGUCCUGGAAAAGGCAGGUCCACCUCCUCACAUCAAGCCGGUCCCCCCCACCCAGCCCCCAACCAAGCCACACCCGCGGAUUUCUUCGAGACAACAUCAAGCCAGCCAGCCCCCUCAGCAUCUCAUGUACCCCUUCAAAGCAGAGGCUUCCAGGACAGAUCACCCGAACCAUCUCCUGGAGGACAAGCCAAGCCCAUUGCUCUUCCCAUCCCUCCAUACCAAGAAUCCUCCGCCGAAAAUGCUAGCUGGCCUGGAACACAAAAAUGGGGAGAUCAAGCCCAAGAGUCGGAGAAGGUGGGGGCUUGUGUCCCGGUCGACAAAGGAUUCCGAUGACUGGGCUGACUUGGAUGACUUGGAUUUCAGUCCAUCCCUCACCAGGAUUGACCUGAAAAACAAGAAGAGACAGAGCGAGGAGACUCUCUGCAGAUUUGAGAGUGUUCUGGACCUGAAGCCCUCUGAGCCCGUCAGUACAGGCAACAGCGCCCCCACCCAGACCUCCUAUCAAAGGCGAGACACACCAACCCUGAGGUCCGCGGCCAAGCAACACUACCUGAAGCACUCGCGAUACUUGCCUGGAAUAAAUAUGAGAAACGGCAUACUUCCAAAUCCAGGCAAGGAUUUUAUUCCAUCUAAUCCGUGGUCUAGUUCUGGUUUGUCUGGAAAAUCUUCAGGAACAGUAUCAGUAAUCAGCAAAAUAAAUUCCGUUGGUUCCAGUUCUACAAGUUCUAGUGGACUGACUGGAAACUAUAUCCCGUCCUUUCUGAAAAAAGAAGUUGGUUCUGCUAUGCAGAGGGUACACUUGGCACCUAUUCCAGACCCUUCUCCUGGCUAUUCUUCCCUGAAGGCUGUGAGACCUCAUCCCGGGCGACCUUUCUUCCACACCCAGCCUAGAAGCACUCCCGGGCUGAUGCCCCGACCUCCGGCUGCCCAGCCAGUGCACGGCCGGACCGACUGGGUUUCUAAGUACGCGUCUCGGCGAUGACCAGCAUGAAGCUUCUGGGCUCAGGGGAAAGCAAGACACGGUCCCUCGGCCAGCUGGUGUUCUGCCGGCGAGAAACCGGCAGACAGUAUGAAAGCAAACACUUUAUAGUUAUUCUUCUGAACUAAGACAUUUCAAUAUUCUUUUUAAGAUUUUUUUUAAAUAUUGAUUUGAAUGCAAUACCCUUUUUUUGUACAAAAUUAUUUUAUUCUAAAACUGGGUCCCAUUAUUUUCUUAAACAGCGCAUUUUGUAUAUAUGGAUUAUGUUUUAGCAUUUUAUACAGUCAACUUUGUAAUGAACUUUUUAAAAAUUAAUUGAUUUUCCUUUGGGGUUCCAGAUAAUAUUUUAUACAGAUUUUUAAAAAUGUAAUAAUAUUGAUGCAGUAUUGCAGCAGAGGUGCAAUUGAAGGCCACCCGAUAGAGGGUUAUUUACUCAACGCGGGCAGAUAUUUGUGAAGCGGUUAAAUUUUAAAUGUGGCACACUGGUACUUCAGGCUUUCUUAGACCAACCUCAGCGCGAGAUAAAUGAUCUGCUUUUCUCAAUAUCAGGUUAUUGGUUUGAUUUUGUGACACCACUGUGCUGUUCUAAAAAUACUAUUAUGCAAUGAAUUUCCCAGCUGAAAGAACUCUAAAUAGUUUUUGGAAUUUUUACAACAGCCCUUUUUGGUGGUUGGAGAUAUGCAAGGUGGUUGGAGAUAUGAACCAGGUUUUAUUAUGCUGGACCAUCACGUUCUAUUUUCUCCCUUUUUUUUAUGUUUCUUCCAUUUUUGAAAUCCAGUUGUAUAAGUACCCCCAAAAGGGA